UGCCCCUGAUACUUUCCCUUCUUUUUCAUUUGGAGGACUACAGCAAAGGGCAAAACUGUGUCCCUUCCUUAUUUGCAGAUUGAGGCUUUAAUUGGGGCCUGAUCUCCACUCCUACAUUAAGUGGGGCACACCUUUUUGCACCUUCCUCCUUUGGACUUUUUGCCCCACUUCUGAACCCUGAUACUUUCCCUUCUUUUUCAUUUGGAGGACUACACCUUUGACUAAGGUUGUAUCCUGCUUUCAGACAACUACAAGGAAAGCUUCACAGUCCUUAUUGGGACAGAGCCGAUAGCUGAUACACCACUUCUAGACCUGGCAAUCCCAUGCUGUUGUUUCCUCCUCGGGACGAUGUGCCCCUCUCUCCAUAAGGAGUACUAGUGCUUGGGCGCCGCCUCGGGGGCUGCCCUGAACCCGUGUCUCUUGGAAGCGGCGGGGACCGGCACCACGACGAGAAGCCCCGGCGCCCCCCCAGACCCCACGGGGGUCGGCCCGCAUGCGCCUCCCUGCUGCAGGGCCACGGAGGAGGAGGAAGAGGAGGAGGAGGAGGAAGAGGAACUGCCCAACCCAGCCCUGGCGCCGGCCGGGGAGAGCGCUGCCACCACCGUGGGUUGGCGUUGGCGUUCCCGGGAGGAGCAGAUGGCCAUGGAGAGCUUGGCCGGCUAUGUCUACAAGGCAGCCAGCGAGGGGCGGGUGCUGACCCUGGCUGCCUUGCUCUUGAACCGCUCAGAGAGCGACGUCCGCUACCUGCUAGGCUUCGUCACCCACCAGGGUGGGCAACGCUCCACGCCGCUCAUCAUUGCCGCACGCAAUGGGCACACCAAGGUGGUGCGACUGCUCCUGGAGCACUACCACGUCCAGACCCAGCAGACAGGCACCGUCCGGUUCGAUGGCUAUGUCAUUGAUGGUGCUACGGCACUGUGGUGUGCAGCUGGAGCUGGCCAUUUCGAAGUUGUGAAGCUCCUGGUGAGCCAUGGAGCCAAUGUCAACCACACUACAGUGACCAACUCCACCCCGCUGCGGGCCGCCUGCUUUGACGGCAGACUCGACAUUGUGAGGUACCUGGUGGAGAACAAUGCCAACAUCAGCAUUGCCAAUAAGUAUGACAACACUUGCCUUAUGAUCGCUGCUUACAAGGGGCACGUGGAUGUGGUACGCUACCUCCUGGAACAGAAUGCCGACCCCAACGCCAAAGCUCACUGUGGUGCCACAGCCUUACACUUUGCUGCCGAGGCGGGCCACUUGGAGAUCGUCCGCGAACUUGUGAAGUGGAAAUCCGCCAUGAUGGUGAACGGCCACGGCAUGACGCCAUUGAAAGUGGCCGCCGAGAGCUGCAAGGCGGAUGUGGUGGAGAUGCUGCUGGCACAUGCUGACUGCAACCGCAAGAGCCGGAUCGAAGCUUUGGAGCUGCUGGGCGCCUCAUUCGCCAAUGACAGAGAGAACUACGACAUAAUGAAAACCUACCAUUAUUUAUAUUUAGCCAUGCUGGAGCGAUACAGGGACAGCGAGAACAUUAUCGAGAAGGAGGUCUUGCCUCCAAUAGAAGCCUAUGGCAGCAGGACUGAGUGUCGGACUCCUCAGGAGCUGGAAGUCAUUCGGCAGGACAGAGACGCCCUCCACAUGGAGGGCCUCAUUGUCCGGGAGCGGAUUCUGGGCUCUGACAACAUUGACGUCUCGCACCCCAUCAUCUACCGCGGUGCCGUCUAUGCGGACAACAUGCAGUUUGAGCAGUGCAUCAAGCUCUGGCUCCACGCUUUGCAUCUCCGGCAGAAGGGGAACAGGAACACCCACAAGGACCUCCUCCGGUUCGCUCAGGUCUUCUCUCAGAUGAUCCACUUGAACGAGCCGGUGAGGGCCAAGGACAUUGAGAGUGUCUUGAGGUGCAGUGUCUUGGAGAUCGAGCAGGGCAUGGCCCGGGUCAAAAGCUCCCAGGAAGCUGAGCUCCACACUGCCCUGGACAACUACGAGUGCAACAUCUUCACCUUCUUGUACUUGGUGUGCAUCUCCACCAAGACCCAGUGCCGGGAGGAGGAGCAAGCGCGGAUCAACAAGCAGAUUUAUACUUUGAUCCAGCUGGACCCCCGGACGCGAGACGGAUCCAGCUUGCUCCACCACGCAGUCAACUCGGGGACGCCGGUGGAUGACUUCCACACCAACGACGUCUGCAGCUUCCCCAAUGCACUGGUCACCAAGCUGCUCCUGGACUGUGGGGCUGCCGUCAACGCGGUGGACCUUGAAGGCAACACACCGCUCCACGUAAUCGUCCAGUACAACCGGCCCAUCAGUGACUUCUUGACUUUGCACUCCAUCAUCAUCGGCUUGGUGGAGGCUGGGGCUCACACGGACAUGGCCAACAAGCAGAAGAAGACGCCUCUGGACAAGAGCACCACCGGCGUCUCCGAAAUCCUCCUGAAAACUCAAAUGAAGCUGAGUCUGAAGUGCCUGGCCGCCCGAGCCGUACGGGUCCAUCAUAUAAGUUAUCGCAACCAGAUCCCCAAGACGCUGGAAGAGUUUGUAGAGUUUCACUAGGGCAGAUCUCUUGGGGAAUGAAUGGGGGUGGGAAGUGGGUUUUUGGUGGGUCGGUGAUGCACCGUUCCACCUCCCUACCAUUUAAGCGGCCACACAAUAAAAUACCAGGCAGAGAUUUUGGAUUUCCUUUUUCUGCUCCCUUUUUUCUGUAGCAAGCGCACACCAUCCAUGCCCUCAAGAACUUGCUUUGAUUUGUUACCUUUCCAGCCUCUGCAGGAGGAUAGGCUUCUUCUUCUCUCUUUUUGUGAUUUUGGGCAGAGAAAGGACAGGGAGAGAAUCAGACUCACAAUGAAAAUGGAGUGUGUUUUGAUGCUCCGAUACACACGGGUUUUUGUACCAUUGACAGCCGAGAAUGCAUUUUUAAGCAGCUACCUGCAAAGAUAAUUUGCGUUGAACCGAUUGAACCAGCCUGUUACCUAUGCAGCAGUUUGGGAAGCAGGGAGGAAGGAAGGGAUAUGUUGAGAAUGUACUGAAAUGUGCAAAGCGACCCAGGGAAAAAUUUAUUACUCACCAGCCUCUUUUUAAUGCCUUUCAGUUCCUAACAAAUUUUAUUUUUUAAAUUUCUGUUUGCCAUGAAAUGAAAACGGGGAAAACAAGCAGGAAAAUGCAGAUUGAAAUUCAGGUUUUAUGAGUGGCCUAAAGAUUAUUUCUUUUUGUUGAGACUGAAAAAAAAAAAGCCAGGCAGACCUCUGCAGAUCAUUCCUUCUUCAAAAGGUGGACAUAUUUUUCAAAAAUGAAAGUCGCACUGUUACAAACCCACACAAUGAAUGUGUGGGUUUGUAUGUCUAUCAUUGUUUUCUAAAUGUUUAAGGACAGUUCUCAGUCCCAGGCCUGAAAUAGUCAGCUGAAAUGCAUUUUUCAGAUACCUUUUAACUCGCUGGUAAAGAAAAAUAUUUUCAGAGGAUGAAAUUUUAAAUUUUUUUGAAAUGGAAAUAGGAUCAGGGAAGAAUGAGAAAUUGUGUUGGCACCCAGCCUCUUUUGCAAGAAGGUUCUGUGUCUCCACUCCUUUUAUUAUGGAUUGUUUUUGAGAAUACUCCCCUCUCCAUAAAACAACAAAAGCCGUCUUUUACAUCAUGAGUCGUACCUUUAUUAAAUGAGGAAUGUUUGACCUGUGGAACAUAUCUCUCUCCUUGGCAGAAACCUCAGCAGAUCAAUGUUAAAAGAUUUUGUUGCAAUUAUUUUACAGCCCACUUUCUAACAGUCAGGCAAUGAAAGAAUGUUCAGCAGUCAUCUUUUAAAAAACGAAUGAAAGAACUCUGAUUUAAAAUAAGAGCAAAAGGGCAUUCCAGGCACUGGGGUGUAUGUUUGUAAAACAAAUAAAAUCUUGAAUGUGACGUUA